CCUUAACCUUGUAUCAUGGAAUCGUGUUAUUUCUGUGGGCAAUUGCGUGCUUAAGAAAUCGCACGCGCUCAUGCUGCCUUAGUUGUGUGCCUGUGGCAUGGAGAAAAACCGACUCCCGUCUUCUUACUUCUAUUUCUCCACAUGACGGCCAAGAGCUAAGCCUUUAGUAUUCGGGUAGUUACGACAGGCCACUGGGUCUUGGGGUGACAGUAUACUUACAAAACCAAAAACUCGGUCGAAAAACGGAGAAACUUCGUGGCGAACAAACGUCACCACCACCAAAACACACUGUCACGUGACACCAUACACGUACGUAGACGUGCAUGUGAUCGAGAGCGAGAGUACGAAUACCGGUACGGUACAGCAUGCCUGCAUGGUGAGAAAACUCGGACAGUAACUGCCGUAUUCGGGAACAGCAUGGUGCACAUUGCCGCAGGAAUACCUCUUCUUAGCGUCAUUGACGGAACUGAAAUACUGGAUGUUAUCCAGAAAAAUACAGCUGACACAUUUUUAUUGACAUCAGAUAGAUCAAUAACUAUAUUUAAGCCUCAAGAUCCAAAGCCCGUACAGAGCUGGGUCAACAAACCUAGCGCUCAUUUCACAUGCUCUUCAGUCUACUUGCCAGAGAAAGAUGAGUUUCUCGCUGUUGUCAAUGAGAAGCAACUGUACAAGUGGUCAUCCGAAAAUGCCACCCCUUUCAAGGGAAAACCAAAGACACUGAAGAGCUCUGUAUCCAGGGUCUUCAGCAUAGAAGACGGGGGCGCCCUGCUCCUGAUGAGUAACGGUUCUGUGAGAUCGUUAGAUGAUGUCUUUGGUGGCAGCAGGGAAGUCGGUGAAGGCUGCGUUGAGAGAGACGAAGAGAUCAGAGAUGCAUGGAUAUGGAGACAAGGAGUCAAUGAAGAUGCAGUAUUGUAUAUUGUAUGCCUGGUGCAGAAGUCACUGAACAAGAAGCACAAUAUUCUCCUCAUACCGGUUCGGCCAGGAGAAAAGCAAGACAAGCCAGAUGAUGAUGUAAUCAGAUUACAAUUUGAUGGUAUCACCAACGAGGAGUGCCCUCUAGAAUGUGCGACAUUUUUCUCUGAUGAGACAAGCGCUGUACUCUAUACUUUAUGGGAAGGAGGCCGACUUUGCAGCUCAUCAAUCUCUGCAUCCGAUCUGAAACGAUUCAAGGACUCGCGUAUUCUACCAUGUCAUCACAGGUGUACAGUUAAUGGAAGUCCGGGAAAGGUGAGGAUAGCAGCCAUUGAUGACAGGCAUGUAGCAGUAGCUGGGUUGCAAAGCACAACAGUGAAAGAGAAAUUAGAAGCCACUCUGUGCAUAUGGGAGACAGUGUAUGGUACUUUACAGUGUUCACAUCCGCUAAGUCUAGAGGAGGAGGAUGAUGAUAUCAUUUCGUUCCUUGGUGUAGUCAGCGGACAUAUACUCCUAUCAACUAGGAGAUCUGUCAUGCUACACAGGUAUGAGUGCUCAGAUGGAACUCUAGCUGCUGCUCUGGGAAGGCUCACCGCUCCUGAUCAGAAACAAGAUCUACCUGUUUUGGGACUAGAUUGGACUAAAUCACUCGUUGACGAGACACCAGUCAAGAAAUUGAAAGGAAGAAAAUCAACCACCAUCAGCAAAACUCCCUCCAAAUCAAAGGACUGUGAUCAGAAAAUGACUGCAUCACUCGCCAGUAUCUUUGAUGAAUCAAAGACGAUGACUUCCAAAUCUUUUACAAGUUCAGUGGAGGAGUACUUGAAAGCCUGCAGGGACAUUCAACCAGACAGUACUUCACUGACACUCAUUUUCAAGAAUGUAGUGAAAAGAGUUGAAUCCAAUCCUUCAUUCUGGUGCUCCGAGGCCUUACAUGAUGUUAUUACAACCAAGGCAGUAGCAGCAAGUUCCUGUCCAGAAUUUGUGGCAAUGCUGGCCAGGAAGCAAGAAGUGUCGUUGCUAUUAGACUGCCUCCGGUGCAUGAGGGAUUUGCCUGAGCUCACGCUUGUACAAUGUCUACAGGUCUUUUUAAGUAUCGAUGAAGACAAACUACCUUCUUGCAUCGAAACAAUAGAGACCGAUAUGAAGGAUUCAGAUGAACAAGAAGUAAUGCAUCCGGCCAGAAGGACUUGUGUAGAUGAAGUCCUAUCCAAGCCCUUCACAGAUAGCUUUCUUCUUGAUGCCGUCAGGCAUUUACAAUUCAAAGAAGUAACUUCAUUACUAAGGUACCUUCACUUCUUGUUGACAACCUCCUUCCCAGGAGGGGAUGACUCCACCUCAUCAUCAGCAGUCUCCAUGGAUAAUGUUGUAGAUUGGAUCGGUACACUCCUAGAUGCCCACUUUGCUCAGCUGGUUCUCUUACCAGAGGUCAGGCCUCUCCUCACUAAUCUUAAAGAUGCAGUCAAAGACCAGGUCCAGUUCUCGGCUGAGCUCAACAUAGUCCGCAAUCUCCUACAUCAUACGCAAGGUGCGAGAACCCACAUCAAAACCACUCCAUCGAAUGCAACAAAGUCGUAUAGCAUAGAGGUCCUUAAGAUGUAGUGUUAGACUGGUCUCCAGCUACACUUCACUGAUAAAUUGCCAAUUGGUCUACACCAAGUUCGCCUACCAUACUUUGUUUUCUGGUUGAUCUAUUGUGUCGUCGCCCCACUUGGAAUGCUGCCACAAAAUGUGCUGAUUAGCCAACCCUUUUUCAUUUUCGGCUUUUCAUUUCAGGCUAAUAAACAUAUUGGCAUAUGCCAUGUCCAUGUUUUGGCAAAACAAAACUUUAGAAUAACAAAUAUUGAGAAUUACAAGUGUAUACCAUCUGUAAAGUUCAUCCAUGCUGCUAUAUGCCUGUGCAAACUUUUAGAAAGUAGCAGAGAAUCUUUCCCACUAUUUUAUACCACCACUUAAUAGAUGAAUAUCAAUAGUUUCUUACAACAGUUUAACAAUGCACAAUUAUAACAAAUUUUCAAAACGAAUAAUAGUAAGGGUUAAUUAGGGGAAGUAGUAUGUCACAUAUCCAUCUACUGUCCAAAACUGUUUAGCUGUUGUAAAUUAUCCAGCUUGUGUACAGUAAUUACCUUAAGUUGACUAUUUUCUGAGAAAACAAUUUUGUUAUUAAAAUACAAAGGAAUGUAUUAUAAUUA